CACACAGCGUUCCUUAGAACUUUCAGUCUCUUCUUUUAUGACAGCUGGGAAGGAGGACAAGAAGGUAAGUGAAUGUGAAAGAGUGGAGAAACACAGAACUGCAACGCUCAUGAGGAGAUUGGGAAGGACUCGAUUUUCCUGGUUCAGGCAGCUGGUACCAUGCUUUGUAUUUCCAUCCAAGAGAGCCAAGAUAGAUUUGAAUAAGGAAAGAAGGAAUGUAACACGUUGGCAGAAAUGGAAGACUGCCAUGUGUUGUAACAGACCACUACAGAGGAAAAUUCAUGAUACCGUAAGUGAUGUAAAAAGUGUUAUGCGAAGUUAUUGGUCACAGGGGACUUCUGGGCUCAUUGGCUUCCCUCAGUCUAUAGAUGAAAGUUGUUUAUUUGGAAAUGCCAUUAGGGGGCAGAUGUGGGAUCUGUUCUUCAUACAGGUCUCCUCUACGGUGAAUAUGUGGUUACCGUCCGAAGUCCUACAGCAAGAUAAUAACAUUUUUGAAAAUGUUGGUGUUAAUAAUUGUGCCACCUCUGUUGGCAUUGCAGUAUCAGAGCCAGCUGUCCUUCAUCUAUGGUUCGUGAGCUUUGACACAGUGAGAACUGUUGAAAAUAUUUUAAACUUCGUACAAUUUCUGAGAGAACUAACUAGAGAAAUUGUAACAGAACUACAUAAAUGCCUACACAGAAGAGAUUGUGAAAUGAAAGAGCCCAGAAGAUGUGCUGUGUACCCAUGAACACAGCCAGCAGCCAGGUCAAAUGGAAAUGAAGACACAGUGACCUUAACCAAACCCUGGGGGAGUCGCCACCACCUUCAGCAGUGGUUAACGGUGGCGGAUGAGGUUGAAAUGCAGAUUUCUGGUACUGACCACGCACAACUGUUGCCCGGUUCUGUACUGCAUCCCCCGACUACUGAACAGAAGAAAUAAGGUUUGUGCUUUGAUGACAUUAAUUG